GUGAAUCCGACUAGACGACGUACUUCGUUUGGGGCCAGCGUCGGUCCUUGUGUGCGUGAUGCAGUUUUCCGAAGGCGAGCUGCAUCAAAUAAACAUGUUUUAGCAAGCAAGAGUGCGGGGGAAACAAAGAUUGUUCACGUUUACAAAUCAUCGCAGGUGCUGCUGAGGUAGCAAGUUAGAGGCGCCAUGGCAGUUCCCUUCCCCUUCAGAGGAGUCCCUCCUGGGAUCCCACCUCCAGGUGUACCCCUUCCACCUCAGGUCCCAGACUACAUGACGGAGGAGAAAUUGCAAGAGAAAGCCCGAAAAUGGCAGCAGCUCCAGGCAAAGCGCUACUCGGAGAAGAGAAAGUUUGGCUUUGUGGAUGCUCAGAAAGAAGACAUGCCACCGGAGCAUGUCCGUAAGAUCAUCAGGGACCAUGGGGACAUGACCAACAGGAAGUUCCGGCAUGACAAGAGAGUUUACUUGGGUGCCCUCAAGUACAUGCCCCAUGCAGUUCUGAAACUCCUGGAGAACAUGCCAAUGCCCUGGGAACAGAUCAGAGACGUGCCAGUCCUCUACCACAUCACUGGGGCCAUUUCUUUUGUGAAUGAAAUACCGUGGGUCAUCGAGCCAGUCUACAUCGCCCAGUGGGGCACCAUGUGGAUCAUGAUGCGUCGAGAGAAGCGUGACCGUCGACACUUCAAAAGGAUGCGCUUCCCGCCGUUCGACGAUGAGGAGCCGCCGCUGGAUUACGCAGACAAUAUCCUGGACGUAGAACCCCUGGAGGCCAUUCAGAUGGAGAUGGAUCAAGAGGAGGACGGUUCAGUAGCGGAAUGGCUCUACGAGCACCAGCCCCUCAAAGAGACUUUAAAGUUUGUAAACGGCACCACUUACCGUCGCUGGCAGUUCACACUUCCCAUGAUGUCCACUCUGUACCGCCUGGCCAACCAGCUGCUAACAGACUUGGUGGAUUUCAACUACUUCUACCUGUUUGACCUUAAGGCCUUUUUUACGUCCAAGGCGUUAAACAUGGCCAUACCAGGGGGGCCUAAAUUUGAGCCACUCGUCCGAGACAUCAACCUCCAGGAUGAAGACUGGAAUGAGUUCAAUGACAUCAACAAGAUCAUCAUCAGGCAGCCUAUCAGGACGGAGUACAAAAUCGCAUUCCCCUACCUGUACAACAACUUGCCACACCAUGUUCACCUCACCUGGUACCAUACACCCAAUGUGGUGUUCAUCAAGACCGAAGACCCAGAUCUUCCUGCGUUUUACUUUGAUCCACUGAUCAACCCUAUUUCACACAGACAUUCAGUCAAGAGUCAAGAGCCUCUACCAGAUGACGACGAGGAGUUUGAGCUUCCCGAGUUUGUGGAGCCCUUCCUGAAGGAGACGCCACUCUACACUGACAACACCGCCAAUGGCAUCGCUCUGCUUUGGGCGCCACGGCCUUUUAAUCUUCGUUCAGGUCGCACCAGAAGAGCCAUCGAUAUCCCUCUGAUCAAAAACUGGUACCGUGAGCACUGCCCUGCUGGACAGCCGGUGAAAGUACGUGUGUCCUAUCAGAAACUGCUCAAGUACUAUGUUCUCAAUGCUCUCAAACAUAGACCACCCAAGGCCCAGAAAAAGAGGUACCUGUUCCGCUCCUUCAAGGCCACCAAGUUCUUUCAGUCCACCAAGCUGGACUGGGUGGAGGUGGGCCUGCAGGUCUGCCGACAGGGCUACAACAUGCUCAAUCUGCUUAUCCAUCGCAAGAACCUCAACUACCUGCAUCUUGAUUACAACUUCAACUUGAAGCCUGUCAAAACACUGACCACAAAGGAACGCAAAAAGUCUAGGUUUGGCAACGCUUUCCACCUCUGCAGAGAGGUGUUGCGACUCAGCAAGUUGGUGGUGGACAGCCAUGUGCAGUACAGACUGGGAAAUGUGGAUGCUUUCCAGUUGUCUGAUGGACUGCAGUACAUCUUCGCUCAUGUGGGACAGCUGACUGGCAUGUACCGCUACAAGUACAAGCUAAUGAGACAAAUCCGGAUGUGCAAAGAUCUGAAGCAUCUUAUCUACUACCGCUUCAAUACUGGUCCCGUAGGCAAGGGGCCAGGUUGUGGCUUCUGGGCGCCUGGAUGGAGGGUGUGGCUUUUCUUCAUGAGGGGCAUCACUCCCCUGCUGGAGAGGUGGCUUGGAAAUCUACUGGCCAGACAGUUUGAAGGGCGUCACUCUAAGGGUGUGGCCAAGACCGUAACCAAACAGCGCGUGGAGUCUCACUUUGAUCUGGAGUUGCGUGCUGCUGUAAUGCACGACAUCCUAGACAUGAUGCCCGAGGGCAUUAAACAGAACAAGGCCAGGACCAUUCUGCAGCAUCUCAGUGAGUCGUGGAGGUGCUGGAAGGCCAACAUCCCCUGGAAGGUGCCCGGCUUGCCAACACCCAUCGAGAACAUGAUCUUGCGUUAUGUGAAAGCCAAAGCCGACUGGUGGACCAACACGGCCCACUACAACCGCGAGCGAAUCCGUCGCGGAGCCACGGUUGACAAGACGGUCUGCAAAAAGAACCUGGGAAGACUGACUCGUCUGUAUCUGAAAGCUGAGCAGGAGCGACAGCACAACUACCUGAAGGAUGGCCCCUACAUCACAGCUGAGGAAGCUGUAGCCAUCUACACCACAACUGUUCACUGGCUGGAGAGUCGACGGUUCUCACCCAUCCCCUUCCCACCAUUGUCAUACAAGCACGACACCAAGCUACUCAUCCUGGCCCUGGAGAGGCUCAAAGAGGCUUACAGUGUGAAGUCUCGCUUAAACCAGUCUCAAAGAGAAGAACUGGGUCUGAUAGAGCAGGCAUAUGACAAUCCCCACGAGGCUUUGUCCAGGAUCAAGCGUCACCUGCUCACCCAGCGAGCCUUCAAAGAGGUGGGGAUCGAGUUCAUGGACCUGUACAGCCACCUGGUGCCGGUGUACGACGUCGAACCCCUGGAGAAGAUCACAGACGCUUACCUGGAUCAGUAUCUGUGGUAUGAAGCUGACAAGAGACGGCUGUUCCCACCCUGGAUCAAACCCGCCGACACUGAGCCACCUCCACUGCUCGUCUACAAGUGGUGCCAAGGCGUUAACAACUUGCAAGAUGUCUGGGAAACUGCAGAAGGAGAGUGUAACGUGAUGCUGGAAUCUCGCUAUGAGAAGAUGUACGAGAAGAUAGAUCUGACAUUGCUUAACAGGCUGCUGCGUCUUAUUGUGGACCACAACAUUGCUGAUUACAUGACGGCCAAGAACAAUGUGGUCAUCAACUACAAGGACAUGAAUCACACAAACUCUUACGGCAUCAUCCGGGGACUCCAGUUUGCCUCAUUCAUUGUACAGUACUAUGGUCUAGUUAUGGAUCUACUAGUGUUAGGUCUGCACCGAGCCAGCGAGAUGGCAGGUCCCCCUCAGAUGCCCAACGACUUCCUCAGUUUCCAAGACACAGCAACAGAGAGCGCCCACCCCAUCAGGCUGUACUGCCGCUACAUCGACCGCAUUCACAUCUUCUUCAGGUUUUCUGCUGACGAGGCUCGGGAUCUCAUUCAGAGGUAUCUGACAGAGCACCCUGACCCCAACAAUGAGAACAUUGUGGGCUACAACAACAAGAAGUGUUGGCCCCGUGAUGCCCGCAUGAGGCUGAUGAAGCACGAUGUCAAUCUUGGGCGUGCAGUGUUCUGGGACAUCAAGAACCGCCUGCCAAGGUCUGUGACCACAGUCCAGUGGGAGAACAGCUUUGUGUCCGUCUACAGCAAAGACAAUCCCAACCUGCUCUUCAACAUGUGUGGCUUUGAGUGCCGCAUCUUGCCCAAAUGUCGAACAAGCUAUGAGGAGUUCACCCAUAAGGACGGUGUCUGGAAUUUGCAGAAUGAGGUUACCAAAGAGAGGACAGCUCAGUGUUUCCUGCGUGUGGAUGAUGAAUCAAUGCAGCGCUUCCACAACCGAGUGCGGCAGAUCCUGAUGGCCUCUGGCUCAACCACUUUUACAAAGAUUGUGAACAAAUGGAACACAGCUCUCAUCGGUCUGAUGACCUACUUCCGUGAAGCGGUGGUCAACACCCAGGAGCUCCUGGAUCUACUGGUCAAAUGUGAGAACAAGAUUCAAACGCGUAUCAAGAUCGGUCUGAACUCCAAAAUGCCCAGUCGCUUCCCGCCUGUCGUAUUCUAUACUCCCAAGGAGUUGGGAGGCCUGGGCAUGUUGUCCAUGGGCCAUGUGCUGAUUCCACAGUCUGAUCUGCGGUGGUCCAAGCAGACAGAUGUGGGCAUCACCCAUUUCAGGUCCGGAAUGAGUCACGAAGAGGACCAACUGAUCCCAAACUUGUAUCGUUACAUUCAGCCAUGGGAAAGUGAGUUCAUUGACUCGCAGAGAGUGUGGGCAGAGUACGCCCUCAAGAGGCAAGAAGCCAUUGCACAGAACAGGCGUCUCACUUUGGAGGAUUUGGAGGACUCAUGGGACAGAGGAAUUCCACGUAUCAACACCCUUUUCCAAAAAGACAGACACACACUGGCCUAUGACAAAGGCUGGAGAGUCAGAACAGACUUUAAACAAUACCAGGUGCUGAAGCAGAAUCCCUUCUGGUGGACCCAUCAGAGGCAUGAUGGAAAACUGUGGAACCUCAACAAUUACCGGACAGAUAUGAUCCAGGCUCUGGGUGGUGUGGAAGGCAUCCUGGAACACACUCUCUUCAGAGGCACCUACUUCCCCACAUGGGAAGGUCUCUUCUGGGAGAAGGCCAGUGGCUUUGAAGAGUCCAUGAAGUGGAAGAAGCUGACCAAUGCGCAGAGAUCUGGUCUCAACCAAAUCCCCAACCGUCGCUUCACUCUUUGGUGGUCGCCCACGAUCAACAGAGCCAAUGUAUAUGUGGGUUUCCAGGUGCAACUUGACCUGACUGGAAUCUUUAUGCACGGAAAGAUCCCCACACUGAAGAUCUCCCUCAUUCAGAUCUUCAGGGCUCAUUUGUGGCAGAAGAUUCAUGAGAGUGUUGUCAUGGAUCUCUGUCAGGUUUUUGACCAGGAGCUAGAUGCUCUUGAGAUCGAGACUGUGCAGAAGGAGACCAUCCACCCCAGGAAGUCCUACAAGAUGAACUCGUCUUGUGCCGACAUCCUCCUCUUUGCAUCCUACAAGUGGAACGUCUCUCGGCCAUCUCUGCUGGCUGACUCAAAGGAUGUGAUGGACAGCACCACCACCCAAAAAUACUGGAUUGACAUCCAGCUGCGUUGGGGUGACUAUGACUCGCAUGAUAUUGAGCGCUACGCAAGAGCCAAGUUCUUGGACUACACUACGGACAACAUGAGCAUCUAUCCUUCCCCCACUGGGGUGCUCAUUGCCAUCGACUUGGCUUACAACCUUCACAGUGGUUAUGGAAACUGGUUCCCUGGCAGCAAGCCUUUGAUCCAACAGGCCAUGGCUAAGAUCAUGAAGGCCAAUCCUGCGCUGUAUGUGCUGAGGGAGCGCAUCCGCAAGGGUCUGCAACUCUACUCCUCAGAGCCCACUGAGCCCUACCUGUCCUCACAGAACUACGGGGAACUCUUCUCCAACCAAAUCAUUUGGUUUGUGGAUGACACCAAUGUCUACAGAGUCACCAUCCACAAGACAUUUGAAGGUAAUUUGACCACCAAACCCAUCAAUGGAGCCAUUUUCAUCUUCAACCCCAGGACGGGACAGCUCUUCCUUAAAAUCAUUCACACUUCUGUUUGGGCUGGACAAAAACGUCUGGGACAGCUGGCUAAAUGGAAGACUGCUGAAGAAGUAGCCGCCUUAAUCCGAUCUCUCCCAGUGGAAGAGCAACCGAAGCAGAUCAUUGUGACCAGGAAGGGCAUGUUGGACCCUCUGGAGGUCCACUUGCUUGACUUCCCCAACAUUGUGAUCAAAGGCUCUGAGUUACAGCUGCCCUUCCAGGCGUGUCUGAAGGUAGAGAAGUUUGGAGAUCUGAUUCUCAAAGCUACCGAGCCGCAGAUGGUGCUGUUCAACCUUUACGAUGACUGGCUUAAGACUAUUUCUUCGUACACAGCCUUCUCGCGACUCAUCCUGAUCCUGAGAGCGCUACACGUCAACAAUGACCGCGCCAAGGUGAUCCUCAAACCUGACAAGACGACCAUCACUGAGCCCCAUCACAUUUGGCCCACUCUCACGGACGAGGAGUGGAUCAAGGUGGAAGUGCAACUUAAAGACCUCAUUCUGGCCGACUAUGGCAAGAAGAACAACGUGAACGUGGCUUCCCUGACCCAGUCUGAGAUCCGUGACAUCAUUCUGGGAAUGGAGAUUUCGGCUCCCUCGCAGCAGCGCCAGCAAAUUGCUGAGAUUGAGAAGCAGACCAAAGAGCAGUCGCAGCUCACCGCCACACAGACACGCACCGUCAACAAACACGGCGAUGAGAUCAUCACAUCCACCACCUCCAACUACGAGACGCAGACCUUCUCCUCCAAGACCGAGUGGAGAGUCAGGGCUAUAUCUGCUGCCAAUCUCCAUCUCCGAACCAACCACAUUUACGUGUCAUCGGAUGACAUCAAGGAGACGGGAUACACUUACAUCCUGCCCAAGAACGUCCUCAAGAAGUUCAUCUGCAUUUCAGACUUGCGAGCACAGAUUGCAGGCUACUUGUACGGCACCAGUCCACCCGACAACCCGCAAGUAAAGGAGAUCCGUUGUAUUGUCAUGGUACCUCAGUGGGGGACCCACCAGACGGUCCAUCUGCCCAAUCAGCUGCCGGGACAUGAAUAUCUGAAAGAAAUGGAGCCCCUCGGUUGGAUCCACACGCAACCUAACGAGUCGCCACAGUUGUCGCCCCAAGAUGUCACCACUCAUGCCAAAGUCAUGGCUGACAACCCCUCUUGGGAUGGAGAAAAGACCAUUAUCAUCACCUGCAGCUUCACGCCAGGCUCGUGCACGCUGACGGCCUACAAGCUGACGCCCAGCGGCUACGAGUGGGGCAGGCAGAACACGGACAAGGGAAACAACCCGAAAGGCUACCUGCCGUCCCACUAUGAGCGAGUCCAGAUGCUGCUCUCCGAUCGCUUCCUGGGCUUCUUCAUGGUGCCGGGCCAGGUUUCAUGGAACUACAACUUCAUGGGCGUGCGCCAUGACCCCAACAUGAAGUACGACCUGCAGCUGGCCAACCCCAAGGAGUUCUACCACGAAGUCCAUCGACCGUCGCACUUCCUCAACUUUGCCUCUCUGCAGGAGGGAGAGAUCUACAACGCUGACCGUGAGGACAUGUUUAAUUGAGUUGACCACAAUCAGCCGUGUAAAAAUUGUACUAAACAUCUUUGUUUGGACUUUAAAAGUAGAAUCUUAGUCUUGUUACCCUUUCACAUAUUUCUUUCACUUCGGUUUCCACAGUCGCUCAAGUUGCAGUGAAACUUUAGCGUCACAUUGUUUGAUUUGAGCGGUUUAUGAUACAUAAAUUAUGUGUUUGUGUAAUAUCUUGGAAUGUUGGCAUCAAUGAUUACCAUGUUAGUUACGUGCUCUUAUUCCGUGACAUUGUAGUUUGGCUUUAAAUAAAGAUGACCCUUUUUAUACAUUUA